AUGGAGAGAAGCACUUCAAGCCAAUCUCCUCCUCACAGGAUUGUGUUGUUUGGGAAGAGUGAUGAAAAAAAGACAACACUUGGAAACUUCCUCACUGGAAAAAGAGAGUUUAAUGUCCUGAAAACCUUUACAAGCAAACAGUGUGAGGAAGCCAGUGGAGUAUGUGGAGGGAAACAGUGUCAAGUAGUGAAAACUCCAGACAUGCUCAGUCUGUCAGUGGAAACAGUGAGACAAGAGAUGAGACACUGCGUGAAUCUUUGCCAUCCAGGACCAAAUGUUCUGCUGCUGUUAGUGAAACCUUCUGAUUUCACUGAAGAGAACAGACUCACACUGAAGUUCAUCCUCAGUCUGUUUGGUCAAGAUGCUUCACAGUACUCAGUGGUCAUCAGCACACAUGAGUCAAGUGAAAAAGAUGACCCUUUCACACGACUACUUAAAGACUGUGGAGGACGACACUACAGCAUGGCUGAAGAUAACUACCGGUCAUUACUGACACAGAUUGAGAACACAGAGCGAGAAAAUAAAGGAACCUUCCUCACGUACACUUGGGAGUCCAUAAGACCAAAGUCUGGACACAUGAAACCAGCUUUAAACCUGGUCCUGUGGGGGAGGAGAGGAGCAGGGAAGACUUCAGCAGCAAAGUUCAUUUUAGGUCAGACAGGUCUUCAUUCAGCCUCCAGCUCAUCAGAGUGUGUUAAACAUCAGAGAGAGGUGUGUGGACGUUGGGUUUCCCUGGUGGAGCUUCCUGCUCUGUGUGGAAAACCUCUGGAGACAGUGAUGAAGGAAUCAUUCAGGUGUGUCUCCCUGUGUGAUCCUGAAGGUGUCCAUGCCUUCAUCCUGGUCCUACCUAUUGUUCCCCUCACUGAAGAGGACAAGAAAGAGUUAGAGAUCAUCCAGAACGCCUUCGGCUCUGGAGUCAAUGACUUCAUACUGAAUCUGUUCAUAGUAGAGUCAGAUCCUAUAGCUGAAGCUGUUGUUGACUUCAUCAGAAAGACCAAUGGUCAUUCCUAUGGUUUCUCAAACCAUUGCUAUGCAGACAUUCUCCAGCUCCUCUUGGCAUUCCUACCAGAUAACGCCAUGGUCCCUGCAAGGAUCCCGUCAUGCCUUGCUGAUAUUUCUCAAAGGAUGAAGGAACGCCAUUUAUCAGCUGAACCUGUCUAAGACUGAGCUCACAGAUCAAUAUCCACAUUGGACCAACCCAAACCCAUGCCCUUUGAGUCUUUCCAGAACUUGGGUGACAUAGUUGACAACCAGGUUCAUGUGGCCUUGGUUGGUCAAGGCCUAUUUGCCAUGUACAAUAUCAGGAAGAUCUGACCCUACCUGUCAAAGCAUGCAACAAAGCUCCUGGUUCAGGCUCCUGUAAUAUCAUGCAUGUACCUCUGCAACUCCUAACUGGUAGGCCUCCCUGCAUGCACAGUCGAACCUCUGCAGUUGAUUCAUAAAGCAGCAGCGCAACUGGUCUUCAACCGGCCCAAAACAGGACGUCCCUCCAUCUGAAUGCCCCUUCACUGGCUCCCAAUUACAACUCCCAUAAAAUUAGAUAACCUGCUUACAAAACAGAAACCACAACAGCUCCUGCUCCCUGAAACCCCUCGUCCAAGUCUAGACUCCCUCCCCUCUGGUAUGCUCUGCCAGUGAAAGGCGCCUGGUUCUUAUCACAAAAAGGCCCUGUGUCGCAAACGCAAAAGACCCAGAUCCUCUAUGGACCCCCACAAAUAGUAUUAUACUGGUGUUAACGAUUAUAAUAAUGAUCAUUGCGGGUGCUGCCAAUUUUGAAUAGGAUAUUCACGAUGAUGAUACUGGUGAUGAUGCACCCUGUUCAUUGCCUCUGUGUUCUUCCUUUCAGCACCUGAAGCUGUGUUGUGGCAUUCAGUCGUGAUGUUCUCAUUGGACAAAAGUGUCUGCUAAAAAAAUGUAUAAUUGUAAAUAACAAAACCACUGUCUCAGUGUGUUGUGAGUAUCACUGAGUAAAACCAGUAUCAUUCCAUGUUUUCAGUUGUUUGUGUGUAAUUAUCAUGCAAACACACCAAAGUUGAACUAGAAACUUUUUUCUUUUGUUUAAAAAUUACAAAGAGCAUGUUUGUAAUGUCUGUGAAAUGAAAUUUAGAGGUGAUUCACCCUCUCUGAAACACCUGAAUCACAUUUAUCUUAGAGUUUUCAGCUCAAAUGUACAUUAUUUAAUCUCAGUUCAAAUUUUGCAGAAUGUUAUGAAGGCUUUAUAUUUUGUUCGUCACUGAUCAGUUAAGAACGGUUGGUUUACAUUUGAACUGGAUUAAUCUUGUUUUAUAUAC